CCUCCUGCCGUUAGGGAAACAUUAACCUGGGGUUCUGCUAUCCUUUGGGGGUAAAACAGGUCAGAAAGUACCUUGCAGAAAAGAGCUUAGGACUGAAUAGGCGCAAACGACAAUGCAAAUUCCCAUUUUUACGGUCGAUGCGUUUACAAACCGGCCAUUUUCUGGAAAUCCUGCUGCAGUUUGUCUGCUUGAAAAUGACUUGGAUGAAGAUUUGCACCAAAAAAUUGCAAGAGAAAUGAACCUUUCGGAAACAGCUUUCAUCAGAAAACUGCGACCUGGAGAUGACUUCACCAAAAGUUCCUGCUUUGGACUCAGAUGGUUCACCCCAGCCAAUGAAGUUCCUCUCUGUGGUCAUGCUACACUUGCAGCAUCUGCUGUGUUGUUUCAUGUACAAAAAAACACAAAUUCAGUUCUCACAUUUGUGACACUGAGUGGGGAAUUAAAAGCCAGACAAGUGGAAGAUCAUAUUGUCCUGGACUUACCACUUUACUUAACCUACCCACAGGUACUUCAGGAAGUAGAAGAGUUAAUAAAGACAGCUGUUGGUGACAUGAUUGUUCAAGAUCUCCGUUACUCUCCUGACACAAAGAAACUCUUAGUCCGUCUCAGUGAUGCUUAUGAAAGGUCUGUGCUGGAAGAACUGCAAGUGAAUGCACAACGCUUUUUGUCAGCUGAAAAGACAGGAAAGGUGAAAGGACUCAUACUCACUCUUAAGGGAAAUUCCAGUGGAACACAUAAAGGCCCUGAUUUUUACUCCAGAUACUUUGCACCUUGGUAUGGAGUUCUGGAAGACCCUGUUACAGGAUCUGCCCAUGCUGUUUUAAGCAGCUACUGGUCAGAGCAGCUGGGGAAGAAAGAAAUGCUUGCUUUUCAAUGUUCCCGCCGUGGAGGAGAGUUGAAGAUUUCACUGCGUAAUGAUGGAAGAGUUGACAUUGCGGGGCAAAUUGCUAUUGUACUAAAAGGAAACCUGACAUUCUGAAGAAAUUGACACUAACAAUUUCAUCUCCCACACCUUCAAAUUAUUCAUAUUAUGUUGAUUAUCUCUUAGCUCUAGGCAGUGAAUCACCACUGUCUUCACAAGUCUUUGAUUACUUAUUGUCCAUUUAAAAAAAUCGCUUGAAAAUGCUCAUUUCUGAUCUUCAAGAUCCUUGGUAUUGUUUUCUUCACUUUCAUCUUGGCACUUCAUAUGUACACUGACCUAAGAAACUGUUGAAGGACAGAUAUCUUGUUUUUCUGCUUUUAAAUGGUUCUUUU